AUGAGCGAGAGUGAAACUGCGGAAGAGAUCAUUAUCACACAAUGUUCAUCAAGCACUUUGUCAGAUGUAAAGAACAACAUCUUGCAGAAGUUUGGGGUAUUUGGGAGCAAGUGUGUGAAGAAGCUAUUCUACAAGAUUCCCAUCGCAGUUGUCUCGACCGGUGUUAAGUAUGAUACGUUUGUGCUAGCGGAUGAUGAAGAUAUUAGGGUUCUGUUUCAUUGUAUUAGGAGUUUUUCGGAGGUUAGAAUACACGAGCUGUAUGCGAAGUUGGAGGUUGGUGUCGAUAGUUUUGGGGCAUCAGCUCCAGUUCAUAGCUCGACUGCCGCAGGUGGUGCGUCUAGUUCGAUGCCUGCGGCCGAACCAUCUGUUCCGCAGGUCGCAUCCCCUUCCUUCGCGGCUGAUUUAGAUCGAACGGAGGCAGUUGGUUCUGUACCGUUGGAGAAUCCUGGGGUCUGGCAGCAGGCAUUUGAGGCGGAUACCGAUGGUGGCAUGAUUCAUGAUGUUCAAGGUUUCGGGGAACCUGAUCGAGUAGAUAAUGCAAUGCGGGACGAUGACUCUGGCCAGGAGCCUGUAGAUAUCAUUGGGGACAGCGAUGAUGACACAGGUGCCAAUCCACAUGCACAUCAUGGGCCUUCAAGUUCUGGCACACACCAGUACCCUCCACACUUCUCCACUCUAAACUUGGAGGCUCUAGGUCAACAGGCGGACGGAGAUGCUACAAUUGGGGGUUCUUCUACAGAAUUUCAGAUUGGACAAUCAUUCCAGAAUAAAGAUGAAGUUGUUCUGAGUGUAAAGGACUAUAGCAUCCAUCGAGGUGUUGAGUACAGAGUCUUGGAAUCGGAUCAUCUGAAGUAUCAUGGAAAAUGCAAGGAGUUUGGCAAGGGUUGUAGUUGGUUAAUUCGCAUAUCGCUUCGUGCACGAAAGGGCACUUGGGAGGUUAGGAGGACGGAUGCUGCGGUUACGGUAAAUGUCUUACAACAAGCAACAGAAGCUGAUUAUGGGUUCAGGCCUAGUUAUAGGAAGGUUUGGAUGGUAAAACAGAAGGCAGUAGCACAAAUAUAUGGAGAUUGGGAAGAGUCGUAUGUCGAGUUGCCACGUUGGAUGCUAGGGGUACAGUCGACCAUGGCUGGGACAGUCACUGUGUUGAAGACCUCUCCUGUUUGA